CUUGGAACGCCUCGUGUGGUGGCCCAUGGGUUGAACGUUGGAUCCAUUGGAUGCUGACGUGUCGGGGCGACGCCCACAAUGGUUUCUUUCCAUUAUCGCAAAUUUUGGGUCGGGCUCUCACUUGCGAUGUUGGUGGUGGUUAUGUCGCGGCAGAUGAUCAAAAAACCCCUUCAACUUCGCUUAAGUGUGGCUGCGGACAGCAAUUUUUCCACUGGAAAUUCCUUGCAGAGUUGGUUGGACUUGGCCAACCUGUCGGUACCGCUUCAGAGCGUAACCAACGGGUUGACCACUUCAGCUGAUGUGUUCCCUUCUGGUGCCUUGAAUCAGCCACUUGGGGAGGUCACCAAUGUCUCAGUGUCAGUGUCGAUGCUGGACCUGCACGAUGAAAAAUUGACAGAAUCCAACCAGCAGCCAACUCCCAAGCUGCUCCCAAGCUGGUCAGACCGGUCACACCGGUCACACCGGUCACACCGGUCACACCGGUCACACCGGUCACACCGGUCACAGGUCACCGUGGAACCAGGCCAGCCAAAACCGUGUUGCUACAGCGGCAUCAGAUGUCAAAAGACUUCCAAGACCUACAGAAUCUACAUCAGCUCCAACGGGCACACGAUUUAUGCCCCCAUGGUUUCGACAGCGGUGGCAGGCUUAAAGCAGAGGCAGGCAGAGUGUGGAUACGAAGUGAAGCGGGUGGUGGAGAGAGUCGUCCGUGGGCGCCAUGGGCGCCUGAAAUCUGUAAUCUAUCCAGGAAAAUUCCAUGCUGGCGAUGUCUGGAUCCAUGUUGGGAAGUGGUUGCAGGCGGACUUCUUCCGACAUUGCCAGGACUUAGCAUUGAAACAAGUCUACUGCAUCUUGUAUCAGAGCGACCCAUGGGACGUCACUGCGGGUCCGGGGGUUUGCGAGAUAUGGGAGUACACCCAUGGCAACUCUCCCAAGGCCCCAGUGGUUCGCAUUUUGCCCGCUGGCUUCUUGCCACUUUGGGGGCAUGAGCAGAACGAUCACGAAGCGAUGAAGCGUUUGAGUGAAUCCAAUGUGCGGAAAUUGGAGUGGGUCUUCAUGGGACAUAUCGACAAAGGAAACAGGUCGAAGUGUUGGAAUCAUUUGAAGAACAUGCCGGAGCUAAGUCAUAUGACCUUUACAAACCACAUUCGAGGAUUCACGCAGGCCGACUGGAAGAAUCUGGCAAGGAAGCAGAACGUGAUCUUUUUGAACCUCCACGGAAAUUGCAGUUGCCUGCCCAAUCCCAACGAGCGCCUGGAGACCGUGAGAAUUAGCUCGGUCUUGAGCUUUGGAGCGCUUAUGAUCUCGGAACCCACCAAUGACGCCGAGACCGAGAGCUUUAAGGACAUUGUGAUUUUUGAGAAGAACCUCUUUCUCAGCUACUCCGAAUGGAGCCCCAAAUUGAAAGAUCUGCUGAGCAGCAAUACCAAGAUCAUGGCGUUCCAGCGCCGCGCCUACGCCUUGUACAAAGAGAGGUUUGCUCCAGGAAAACUCGGAGGGGAUGACCCUCCCAAGCCAAGACUCUGCGUUGUGGUUCCAGGUGAACAAUAGAGAUAGAUUCAGAUAGAUCACAUGUACAAAGUUAUGUAUUAAAUAUUACCGUAUUUUGUGGGCAUUUUUUAAAGGUACAGUAGAUAUUAGCUUGGUUGGCCCAACCAAUGUCCUGGAUUUUCAUGGUCAAUAAAUGACAGUCGAUUCGGUGGCUGAGGCGGCUUGCAAAUGGGUUAUAACUACCCCAAAAUGCGUAGGGUGCCAAGAAAGGAUGUCUACCAGUUCAAUGAGCUUCACAAAAAAAAGCAUGUAGAACUGGUAGGUGUCCAACAGGCAGGAAUUGGCCCAUACAUUAUCCCAGGACGCCUCCUGUCAGAGCAGAGAGUCUGGGACACAGAGCGAGGACCAGUCCACUGGCUCCUCAUUUUCCCUAUCAAACACUGGCAGCCACUGGGGCUACUCCGGGAAAAACCACAUUUUCAGAGACCCAUGCGGGAAUUACUAGUUGAUGAUGGAUGCCCCAAUUCUAGGUUAACUUGGGUUUAUGCUUGUAUCUACAGUUGGAUGGGGUUAUAUACACCAACAAACAUAACUCGGCAGCCCCUAAGAACUGCAGAUUGUGAAAAAUCUUGGAAAUCUUGGCAGGACCGAAUUGCUCAGGCUGAGCAAACAGAUGACCACAGUCGUGGAGGACCCAAGGUUUCAGCCAGGAAAUUGCCUCAAUUUGAUCCCCAGAGUUUUCGAAGCAUUUCGACUUACAGGAUGUUGGGACCAAGAGAACUGCAAGUUUGGUUCCUCUUUGGCCGUGUGUUGUGCACCACAAAAACUCCGAGGUUUGGUUUAGUCAUUUUAGUCAAGGACGUCUUGUUUGGGUUUCUAGACCCCUGGCGAAAUCAUCCUAGGGACGCGCUGCCAGCUUUCCUGUGCCUUAGAUAGACCUGUUGUUGGGCCUGCGAGGAGUGGACGAAGUAGGUACAUUUGAAGAUUCAGCAGAUCUUCGCAACAGUACUUCGGUGAAGCCCUGGUGCUUGUGAACUGAGGAGGAACCUCCAAUGAAAAGCGGAUGCGAUGUCACUCUGGAUGACUGGAAUCUCAACUGAACCGCCCAUGAUACUGGUGAUCUGGUGAUGGGUACAUGGUGUAGUCCCAUGACCCGCGACCCUGAAGCGCUAGCACCACCGUCGUAGUGCGCAGCAUGUAGCCAGAAA